GCCGACCCUUAAGAAAUCUAUUCACUCCCCUCUUGAGGGUUUGCCAUAAUAUCCAGUUUAGCAGGAUAAGGAUUGCAGUUUAAAAAACAGUUUUUCAGGUUUAUAACAAAGCCUCUGUCGAAUGUAUAGCAGAAAUCCCGUAAUCGAAGCUUAUGUCAUCGGUGUUAAGAAUGAGGCAGGUGAUAAAAGAACUCUGUCGUUAUUACCUAUACGAUUUGCAAAACACACAUACAAAACACAAAUCAUAAUCAAUGAACAGCCUAGAACGCAAUGACAGAAUCAGCUACGCAAAUAACCCGCAUCGACCAUCGUCGGGGACUCCCAGACCGGGUCUUACGAAACGCCCAAGGAACUCUGAAAGACAGUACUUCACCGACGACCAUUAUAAAUAAGAGCCACCAGUUGCUCCAAGUUCAAUAUUGCUCAACACUUCAGAGCAAAAUGUUAUAUAUUUUUCUUACAUUGUUAUCAAUUUUGGUCGUUUCGAAGUGUGAGAUCGCAAAUGUGACCGUAAAUACGAGUAAAGGAACUAUUAUAGGCAUCAAACGCGAUGGGUAUAGCGUUUUCUUUGGAGUGCCGUAUGCCAAGGUUAACGAGGAUAAUCCUUUUGGAAGCUACCUAGUUCAUCCGAUCUUCCAAGACCCAUUCUUCGCCAAUGACUCCUCCAUAUUUUGUCCUCAAGUAACAACGCGCUUUGGAGGCACACUACAAUGUCUUCGACUCAACAUUUAUGUGCCAAAUACGGCCAAUGUCAAUAGCACAGUGCCAGUGUUGGUCUGGUUUUACGGUGGCGGAUUCACCUUUGGCAGCGCCCAAGAAUAUGGCGGCGAACAUUUGAUCAAACAUGGCAUUAUUGUAGUCACAGUCAAUUAUAGACUUGGCCCUUAUGGAUUCAUGUGUUUGAACGACGCUGCUGUGCCAGGAAACCAAGGACUAAAAGACCAAAUAGGCGCUCUGAGGUGGGUUAGAAAGAAUAUAGAAUUUUUUGGUGGCGAUCCAACCAAGGUCACUAUAGCCGGUCAAAGUUAUGGAGGUGGUGCUGUAGACUUGCAUCUGUACUCCAAGUACGAAACGUUAUUUGAAAAAGUGAUCAUUCAAAGCGGCUCCUUAUAUACUCCAGGGUUUUAUGGGAACCGAGACCAUGAUGCAGCGAUAAAACUAGCACAUCAAUUAGGGUUUAGAGUGGCGAACACAAGAGAAGCUUUGGAAGCGUUGGGAAAAGAAAAUCCUGUGUUGGUGAUGAAUGCAGCAAAAAAUUUAGGUUAUAAAAUGACAGUAUGUAAAGAAGUCCGCUUCAAGGGGACCCAGCAAUUCGUCACCAAAUGCAUAAAUCACUUGAGUAACCCAGAUCGCAUUGAGAACAUACCAAUAAUGAUCGGCUACAACAGCAAAGAAGAUUUCGCGACUUACGCGAACAAACCGAUGGAGUUCUUCGACAGCUUAGGAGAUAUCUUCUACAAGAAUUUGCAGAAUCAUUUCGUUUUGAAAACUUGCGAAUUGGAGACUUUGAGUAAUAUUACAAAGAGUUUCUAUCUUGGAAGUAAGAGGAUUGGACCGGAGUCCAUUUUGGAGUUGAGUGAAUAUUCUUCCGACUUUAAAUUGAAUUAUGCUGUUGAGAAAUCUGUCUCUAAGUUCUUAGAACAGGGAGGGAGGGUGUAUAAAUAUAUGUUCUCGUACAUAGGAGGCAGUGUGUAUCAGAACAUAACGGGUGCUGGAGCAGUACACACUGAAGAGUUGAAGUAUUUAUUUGAAACUGGUGUAAAAUUGACUUCUGAUGAACAAAGGUUGAGGAAUCGAAUGACGACUAUGUGGACUAACUUUGUUAAGCUUGGAAACCCAACCCCGCAGAAGACGCCCCUCCUCCCAGUGACUUGGACCCCUGUAUCUGGUAAUGCCAGACAAUACCUGAACAUUGACAUUGGAAUGUCCAUGAAAGAUUACGCUUACAGACAUAGGAUGGCAUUCUGGGACCUUUUCAUGCAAAAAUACGACAAGAAGAGCUAAAAUUUAUAUUUGAUUUUUAAUUGAAUAAUUAUUAUGUAUAGUAUUGUAAACUUCAUUCUGAAUUUAAUUAAAAGAUACUAUCUUUAU